AUGGGAGCCAAAAGAGCAGUUGAGGGUCGUUCACAACCCUAUGAUGUAUUAUUAGCGGCUUAUCAGAAAAAAUCCAUAGGACGACCCAAUGCUAAAGAACGGAAAGGAUCAACAACUCAGACAGAUGAGCCAUUCAUUGACUCGGAUGAAGAAGUAGAAAAUGUGAUGCAAGCGAUUAGGCUCAGUAAACCAACACCAUUGGCUCAAAAGCCAUUUCAUUUUGUCAAACGUAGACGUCAGUGUUUCCGUUUGCGUGAUAUCUUAUUGGAUGCAAUCACGCCAAAAUUAGAGCCGACCUUAAUGAUGGGAGGAAGUAGCAAUAUGAAUAAUCACGGUGGCGACGGUGAUAAGGUCAAUGCUACUGAAUCAUUGACUGAUAUUGUUACACCGCAGUUUACAGUGCAGACUCAGCAUCGCCAACCACCGCCAGAUUUCUUAUAUAACCAUCAGAAUAGACUGUACAAUAGCACUAAUAAUAUGGUAGAGAAUAACAACGUGUACAUUAAUCCUCCAUGA